AUGGAUUGUGUCACGUUUAAAGUUAAUGGAGAGGAAUUUACAGUCGGGAGCGAUGUUAGCUCCACUACAACCCUGCUGGAGUACCUCCGCACGAGGUUGGAGCUGCGCGGCACCAAGUACAUGUGUCUGGAGGGAGGCUGCGGCGCCUGCAUCGUCAGCGUUGUCAAAUGCCCGGGUUUAAAUCCGGAAGCUGUUAAUUCAUGCCUGGUAUCAGUGACGUCGUGCCAGGGUUGGGAAGUCACCACCAUAGAGCAUGUCGGCAACCGCCUGAAGGGCUACCACCCGCUGCAGACCACCCUCGCAGAGAGCAACGGCUCGCAGUGCGGCUACUGCAGCCCGGGGUGGGUCAUGUCUAUGUACAGUGGUAUGGUGGUAGACCUAAGCUCUAGCAGGCCCGGGUCUAGGAGGCCUGGCCCUGGGAGACCAGGCCCUGUAGUGGGCGGUUAA